AUGUUUUUUGUUAAACCUGGUAAUUAUUGGUUUUUACUACCUUUAAUCGCAUUUAUUCCGUGGUAUGGAAUGCUAAUUACAAUGCUGGUAUGUUGGGCUGCACAAGGACAUCCGAUAUAUUGGUUUAUGCAUACUGACCAAUUUCCUGUCUAUAUAUCAGAUAUUGGUGCUACCAAUCUGAGACCUCUAUUUAUUGCAUGUUCUGCUUGGCAAGGUAUUGGUUAUGUAUUGGUGGUAUUUAUGGAAUUUACACAAAGAUUUUUGUACCUCAUGAACCCAUGGUUCACAUACCAUGAAAGAAAUCUGAUCCUUGCAUCCCUUCUUCUUGGUAUAGUGGGCCAAUUAGGCCUGUUGUUCUGUACUAUUUGGUCGACUGCUUUGCUUCAUAAAGUACAUAUUACAAUGGUCUCUAUUUUUAUAAUUUUCAUGUUCUUAUCAAUUAUUUGUUUAACUUCCCAAUAUUUGUCAAUGGGUAGACAUUACGCCCUAAUCCAUUAUAAGUCCGGAAAUUCAAAUGUUUUGGAUAGUAGAGAUUUAAAAUGGUGGCAAUGGAAAGGGUACAAAUGGAAUAAGUUUACAAUUAGCGGUCUUUUCAAGUUGGUUUGGCUAAUUUGUUCAGUUGUAUGGGCCAUUUCCUUUGCCUCUUUUCAAGACAGUAAUGACUCUAUAUCUGCCUGUUUUGAAUGGUUAUUGGCAUUUUGGUUGGGUUUGAUCUUUAUUAUUAUAUCUAUUGACUUCUAUUUAGGAUCAACGUGGAAGACUUCCAAAUACUGGUCACAGAUUAACUAUUAUAAUAGUUAUUAUAAGUUUGAAAAAUAUACUAAUGAUCCAAACUGA